AUGAAGACUUAUUUAAACCUUCCAAAACGUUUCCUAGGGUUCCUCCCCCUAUACAUAGGUGUCGAGGUUGCACUUGGUGUAACGAUCCUAAACAAAUGUAGUGGUCUCUUCGGUAUAUUGGCUUUGUUUACUGGACAUCCUUUGGAAUUUCUGCAAUGGGUCCUCUACUUAUGGUCGAUCUUCAGCUUCGUAGUCUACGCACAAGGUUUAUUUACUUAUUCUAAGCCAAGUCUUCUGGUAUUUUCCCAGAUAUUCAUUGCAUUUAGCAUUGAUACUUUCCUUACAUGCCUAUUUACCCUAUGGUUCACCAAUCAAUGGUAUACUCUCGAGGAUAAUACUCCAACUCAGAAAUCGAUUGCUGCAGCUGCCAUGCAAGAACCUAACCAAGGUGCUUCUCAGAGCUUUGAAUUCGUCAUGACGAUUUUCAUCACUCUAGCAUCUCUCAUUGCAAGACUCUACUUUAACUUCGUACUGGCAUCAUUCGUACAGGGGCUGUUGCAGCAUCCUCGAUACAUGGUGGACUACGUUGAUGUGGAACAGGAAUUAAGGACUCAGCCCGUUUGGAAGAGGGUUUGGACAAGGACUCAAAUCCGAUGCUUGAGAUACUCUAAGCAACUUCUUACGUAA